AAGGCAGCUAGCUAGUAAUCAUGGUGUCGUUCCUCAAAACCUUCCUCCUCUUCAUCCUCGCGGCCAUUACGGCAUACUCCUUCCCAGGACCUCUGGAUUCUGUGGCCAAGAGAGGGGCGGAUCUCCACAGGAGGGACCCCGAUUGGGGAAAUUAUGUCUACAUCGCCUCCAUCUUCUCCGGGAUAGUGGGCCAGAAUGUCGCGCUGAUCGCGCUUCCGGGGGUAAGUCGCUGUCCCGGUGAAAGAAGGAAAAAGAUGGGGAAUAAAAUCUAACCAGACGACAGAAUCGUGCGGUGUGCCCAUCUCAGCUCUGGGACCUGCAGACCUGCGCGGACUCCUUCGAAUCGGAAUGUAUGGAAGAGCGUUUCGCCUUCCAAUGGUGCUUGGGUCACAGGUAAGCUGACAGUCCGUUUUGACCGGAACGGAGCAGGCCUAAUGCCGCCCCGCUCAUAGGAUCACCAUCGCAACAUGCGGCGCCGAAUGGAUCAACAUGACACUCGGCUGCACGGGCGAGAGCUCGGCCUACUGCGUGGAGACCUUAGUGACUCUCUAUGACUGCGCCAUCGAGGUUACGGUCCCCAGCGUUCCACCCCCCUAAACUCUCGCGAUGCGCGGGGAAAAAAAGUAAAUGAAAGGGGAAAACACAGGAGUAAAGUUGGCAGAGAAGCAAGAGAAAUAAAAAUUUAAAAAAAAGAAAGGCACAAGGAGAGAGACCCACGACCACACUGCACUGUGGUAAUGUGUCUCUCGACUCUUUUAUGUGCCCAGGAAAAAGCAUGUAUCUUUCUCACGAUUGAGGAAGUUUAUUUUUUUUUUCCUCCCCUUCUACUUUCUUUCUUUACUAUUCAGUGCACACGCAUCCUCCAUUUCAUUAUUUCCUCUGUACGACAGACCACAUGUCUGAUGUGGGGCAUCCUGUAUCGGCUUAAUAUAGCUCUGUGAUGUCUG